AUGCAGCAGCAGCAGCAGCAGCAGCAGCAGCAGCAGCAGACGUCACAAACGCCCGCUGUGCAUCCUGAUGGCCUGGUUCCGGAUUCAGCACGUUCCUUCCAGGGUACGUCUGGUGCAUCAUCGCCGCAGGGUACAUCUGCAUCUGCAUCUGCGACCCCAGUGGCGUCGGUAGAUGAUGGUCGCAGGGACCAUGCCGUGUCCCCCGUGCCCUCAGACACCGGCAGCAUUCAUCUACACUCGCAUGGCGCCAACUACGUCGGGAGCGUUCACUGGGCCGCCGUGCUCGACAGCAUCUCAGAGCUGAGGGACCACUACGAGGAGGAAGAGGAGGCCCGAAUGCUGGCCACCAGCGACAACGCACUACUACUCCACAGCCGUGGUCCUCGUCUGCUAUACGAACCUGUCCAGGCCACGAAGGCCGACCUGCUUGCAUCCAUCCCGGCCCGGCCCGUGGUGGACCGGAUGCUGGCACGCUACUUCAAUGCACAGGGUCUCGUACCGGAAAUCCUUCACCGUGGCCAUUUUCUCCGAGAGUAUGAGAGGUUCUGGCAAGAGCCGAAUGAGGCGCCCUUUGUCUGGAUUGGCGUCUUAUUUAGCAUCAUGUGCCUCUCCACGCAGUACCAGCAGUUCAUGGAGGACCCAGCAGAUCCAGAAACGGCAGUCCGCGUGCGUCUGUAUCGGGAGCGGACUAUUCACUGUCUUGUCCUCGGCCAGUACACCAGGGGCGGAGACUACGUGCUGGAAACGUUGAUCAACUACCUCGCCAGCGAGAUGUUUCUAUCCAAGGACACGGAGAUUGGGAUCUGGCUGGUGCAGGGCAUGCUUGUGCAGCUCGCCCUGAGUCGGGGCUACCAUCGGGACCCCCAAAACUUCUCCAAUCUCUCCCCCUUUGAGGGCGAGAUGCGGCGGCGCGUAUGGGCCAUUAUCGUGCAGAUGGACCUACGGCUUUCGAGUCAGAUGGCGCUGCCACGCUUGCUGAAGCUGCAGCAGUCCGAUACCCUUGAGCCCCGGAACCUGCUGGACACGGACUUUGACGAGGAUACCGUCGAGCUGCCCCCUUCACGUCCCGAGACUGAGGUCACCCCCGUGCUCUACAGCCUGGCCAGGACGAAGAUCGACAAGAUGACCGGACUGGUCAGCGACCUCAUCAACGACACCCAGGAGCACCCGUACACGGAGAUCAUGGAGCUGGACUGCAAGGUCCAAGAGGCCGAGGCCUCGCUGCCGCCCAUAUUCCGGUGGCAGCCUCUCAGUCAGUCGCUCAUGGCACCCCCGCAGAUCGUCAUGCACCGCGUGUUGCUCCAGCUGGCGAUCCAGCGACUGACCAUCUGGCUGCACCGGAAGUAUCUCUCCCCAACCUAUGCCCAGGCUCACUACAAGUACUCCCGAAACGCCUGCGUCCAGGCUGCCAUCAAGAUCCUCGAAUUCCAACAGAUCGUGGACGAGGAGACGCGGCGCGACGGGCUUCUCUAUCCGGUGCGAUGGAUGUUCAUGUCAUCACGACUGCAGGCGGUCUUCCUCCUGGGCAUCAGCAUCCUCUGCUACUAUGUGCAGCUCGUCAAGAUCCGGCCUGACGUCUCCCUGGACCAGGACACCGGCACGAGGAUUCACAAUCUGCUGAGCAACACGUACCCUCUCUGGGUUCGCUUGAGUACCGUGUCUCGGGAGGCCCGGCGAGCAGUCGAGCACCUGAGUCUCCUGCUGGGACUGCGCAAGAAACAAGAAAUCGACGCAUCAUCGCUCGCUUCUAGUACUACUACCACUACGACGGCUACAUCUUCACCCGCUGUAAUGCCUCUUGAAGCGUCUGCGCCGCUGGACCAGUUCACCUUCUCGGACGCUUACGAAGAUUGUAUGGCCGAUAUCCCUGCAACAGGAUCAUUCGGGGCGGAAUUCGUGCGCCCGGACACGCCCGGGUCGUCUUCGGCGAUGAGCACUUCCAUGGCGGAUCUGCUGUUGAUGAACACGACCGAUUUGGAUGGAUGGCUGGAUGUCAGUUUAUGA